CCACCCUUGCCUUACUCUUCUGUGCGAGAUCUAUUACAUAGCUUCCAUAAACUGUCCAAAUAUUUAGAGAAAAUCCCGACAACAUGGCCCGAAAAAAGUUGAAAAACGCGUACAUUGUUCUGUUCGUAACCACGGUGGGGAUAAUGCUGGGCUGCAUGGCCCUGAUCGGGGUAUAUUCCGGCUACAAGCACGAGGUGGUCAAGUUCAAGACGAUGCUGGCCAGCAUGGUGGUGGUCCUGAUCUUCCAGUACCUGAUCGGGGAUCCGUUGAAGUUCGUGAUCCUCUCGAUGGACAGGGCCUUCUGGCCGCCAAAGAUAUACUUGCCGCGUCCCCUGGAGAAGGCCGACCACGAGGACUAUAACAGGCGGGAGUACCUGAAGAUGCGCCUCAACAUGGAGAGGGGGAAUCUGGUGAUAUCCUCACAGUACCGGAACUGGGCCCUCAACGAGCGCUACAAGCUGAUUGCCGCCGACUUGCUCAUCUACGGACAGUACUUCCUCUGCCUGAUGGCCCUGGUGAUGGUCACUAGGGAUGAGACCCUCUACCACAAUACCCGGAUCAUCUAUGAUCUCUUCCUGAACAAUCACACCGACUACUAUGGCCUCAAGGAGAUCUAUCACAUGAACCAGCUGUUCGACUUUAUCGAGUCCACCUUGGUGGCGGCCUUCAAUACGAACUCCAGCAUGGGCAUGGGUUGGGUCCAUGCCGAGCAAACGGUACUCAUGGGUGUGAUCCGGCUGCGGCAGGUGAGAGUGCUGGAUCCACGUCAUGGCUGGGAUGCGCCCCAGUACUCGGAGAUGUACUACAUGCCGGACUGGCAGCUACCGUACCGGAAACUCCACUAUGCCGAGAAGUACUGGAGGAUCUAUGAGCCCUGGAUCCCGGUUACCGUCAGUUUUGAGUUUAUUGAUGGACUCCUUAUGAACUUCAUGCACCAUGGCUAUCUCAAUAACUAUCCGGAACUCAUUGGAUACGUUAGUUUACUGGCCCGGAGUCAGGCGAAUAGCAUGAAGGUCCUCGAUUACCUUACGGAGUACAACUGGCUUACCUUGAACACCACGGCCGUCUUCAUAGACUUCACCCUGUACAACGUGGACGCGAAUCUCUUCAGCAUCUGUACUCUGCGCGUCGAGAAGACCCCCUUCGGUGGCACCCUGCCCCACGUGGAUGUGGUGAGCACGAAGCUGGUGGAGGAGGUGGAUCAGAUGCCCUACACUGGACUCUUUGCCUUGCUGGUCUAUAUCGUGGUGCUGAUCCAGUUCUCCCAGACGCUGUGCAUCAAGCUGUGGUACGAGCCGUAUCUGCUGAAGAUCAUCUGGAACAAACUGGAUCUGGGGAUAUUCCUGUUGAAUCUCCUGGUGGUGGUGUUGGUGGUGCUCCGUGAGGGUCUCGUCAAGGGCAUGAUGCAGCAGGUGGCCGGGGCCAGUAAGAUGGAGUUCAUCGACUUCCGGCGGCCCUCGCGGAUGCAUCAGUUGACCACGAUAACGGUGGGAUUCCUGAUCUGUAUCACGACCCUGCGACUGUGGCGGGUGCUGCAGUUCUCCAGUGUAUUCCAGCUCUUUACCCAGACCCUGUCCCUGGCCUGGGCCGCCGUGGCCAGCACCGCCAUGGUGAUAGUGGUCUUCCUAACCGGAUUCUGCUUCGCGGUGGUCACCAUCAAUGGGAACAAUAGCGGGAACUUCAACAACUUCAUCAAGAGCAUGGUGAUGUGCAUGUGCUUCACGUUCGGAUUCAGUAACCAGGUGAAGCCAUCGGAGCUCUUCCACGGCGGCGAAUUCCUCGGCAUCGUCCUGUACGGCAUCCUGGGCUUCGUCAUAGCCGUCCUCCUGAUCAACGUCUUCGUGUCCCUCAUCAAUGACUACUUCAGCACCGCCAAGGCGAUGCGGGAUUCGGGUGAACAGGAGCAGUGCAUCAACUUCGUUCAGUUCCUGCAUGUGGAGUUCCCGCGCAUGUUCACCGUCCUCCAGAACCUGCCCUUUUUCCGGAAGCACUACGUCCGCAAUAAUCGCACCGUGGCCGAGAAUAUCCGGCGUCGGCUGGACGAAAUGGACCGGAAACGUAACAUGGAUGAGAGGCAGCGGACGGGAUUCAGAAUUGUGGAGAAGGAAUCGGCCUAUAUACAGAAGACCAAGUACCUGGACAGGGGCGAGAAGAUGAUCAAAAUGGGCAAGAUCCUGAACACCCAGCUGGAGCUGCUGGCCCUGUUGCUCUUCGAACGGAGUUCCAAGGGGGAUAAGUACAAUGCGGAGAAGAGAGGGAGGGAGAGGGAUCAGUAUAAUGCGAAGAAGGAUCCUCCGCCAGACGAUAAUCUGCCCCAGGAACAGGAUAUUCGAAAGCGCCGGAAUAUCUUCAACUGGCGGAGGCGACAGAAGGAAAAGGACGAAGUCGACGUCUAAGUUUAGUUUUCAUUCAAAAAUCUUACUUUUAAUCGUAUCUGUUCAAUAAAAUUGAAUAAUGUUCAAUAAAUCCUAAUCCUAAGGGGGUUCUCAUUACUUCAAA